UAUGAGUAUCUCGACUUCCUUGGUGCAGCUGACGGGCACGGCAGGCUGUGGGUUUGGAGCUCCCUGGGUGCACCUGCAGGUGCCUGCAGCGUUGCCGUGACCCGCCUCGCUCUCCAUUCCUAGGGCUACGCUCUCCUGACGACGCUCUCACUCUGUGUCACUGUCUUUCUUCCCACCCGCCUUCCUGAGGGAACGCAGCGUGUUAACACCACCUGCACAGCCCUGGCCCUCCCGUGGGGCGACGGCCGCGCCAUCCUGUGCUCCAGCACCGUCUUCCUCAGCGGCGCCGCCGGCUCUGCCCUGCACAACCUCUUCUGGCAGAGGCAGGCCCGAGGCAGCCGUGAGCUGAGCGUGGGGCUCUCUGUGGCCGUUGCUCUCCCUGCUGAGGUUUUGCUUUAUUUCUUCAAAGGGAAGUUGCUGAGGCCUUUCUCCAGCGGUAAAAUUGCUGCAGCCAGUCUGAGCCCCCAGGCAGGACAGCUUCUGUGCUACUCCUUCCUGGGGGCUGCCUGGUCAGUUCUCCUCAUCCAGGGGUUAUCUGCCCUCAGUGAGGGUGCUUUGUGGUGCAUGGUGAAGGUGACAGUGGAUGACAUAGCCACUCUGGAGAGGUCCCUGCACUGUCUUCUCCAGGCCCUCUGCUAUAGUGGAGAAACAAGCUUGGGCAGCUCUGCAGGAGGAUUUGGUGCAGUUCUGUACCAGGAGUGCUGCCUGUGCCUGGUGCUGUGGCUCCUCUUCUUCCUCGUUGUCCAAUCUAAAUUGCCACGGCAGAAAAAAAUUAAUUAUUCUCAUCUCCUGGCUGAUGAUUCCAGUGACAUGAGUAUCUCUGAUGAGGAGAAUGAGAAGGACUGGCUGGUAAAAGCUGUGAAGGAUGAAAGCUUUAAUAGGAACUGGACACAACAGCAUGGGAUCAAAUAA